UAUCCUUACAAACGGUUUCUACUCAAGUGUGCUUUGAAUACCCCGCUGUAUCGGCAUUACAAUGCUCUAUCCAUGGUUCUGAAGUAUGUGGCAAUUGAACUGUUUUGUUAUAAGGGCAUGGCAUUACACUCAGUAAUGCAGAAGCUGUCAUUUUUGUAGUUUAUUACUGACUGGAAUCAUUUAAAUUCCGGUGCUCUCUAGCAAAUAUCAUGUUUGACUGUGUUUAUUUCAAAGCAUUGUAGUCAUAACAAAUGACCAUGAGGCGGCACUAUAGACCGUAACACCACCAGCCAGUUGCUGAUUUGUAGAGGCCCCUCCCACAUUAAAAGGAUCAUCAUUUUGCCAGUGCUUUGUUAGAGUGAGACGCAGGGCGGAGGGGAAUGGAUAUAGAAAAUAUACCGACAUAUAAUUUCGUCCGUCAAGGGAUCGUUUGGCCUUAAUAAGCAAACGGCUCGUCGAUAUAAGGUUAUGUGCUUUGUUCUCGUUUUGUGGAAUUAUGCAUCGGCCAGGAAGAAAGACCUCGUUCGGGAUAUAUCUUGUGCUUGUUGUGUUGGAGUAUAACUGGGGAGCGGUAUCCGGGCAGCUCUCCUAUUCCGUCUCAGAGGAGGUAAACCUGGGGACUUCUGUUGGACAUCUCGCCAAGGAUCUAAAUCUUAACGUACAGGAUUUGGAGUCACGUAUGUUUCAGAUCGUUCCUGGAUCAAAGAGAAAGUAUUUUGAUGUAAAUUUGAAGUCAGGUUUCCUCUACGUCAGUGAAAGAAUAGACAGAGAAGAGCUUUGUGCGAAAGCUGCUAAGUGCACGAUAAAUGUAGAGGCUGUGAUUAAUAAUCCACUGAAGCUUUACCGUAUUGAAGUUAAUAUUCUUGACGUAAACGAUAACCCCCCCUCUUUCAGUGCCAAAUCACAAACUAUCGACAUAGCAGAAAGCAUCCUGCCGGGAGCUACCUUCCCUGUGCUGUCGGCCUACGAUGCCGAUGUAGGUAAAAACAGUAUUAACACAUACAAGCUAAAUCCCAAUGAAUAUUUUUCUUUAGCGGUGCACAAAGGAGAGAGUGUAUCAGCCGAGUUAGUUCUUCAGAAAGCAUUAGACCGAGAAAAACAGGCUUUAAUUAAGCUGGCGCUCACCGCUGUAGAUGGAGGAACACCUCCCAAAUCAGGCACAUCAGAAAUAAUCAUUAAUGUUCUGGACAACAACGAUAAUAUCCCAGUCUUUACAAAAACAUUGUACAAAACAAGUAUUACAGAAAAUGCAGCACUUGGCAGUACAGUAAUAACAGUGACUGCAACUGACGCUGAUGAGGGGAUAAACAAAGACAUUGUAUACCUACUAAAUUCGAAAGAUCAAGACCAUAUUUUGGACAUUUUUGAACAUUGAUUCAGAAACAGGAAUAAUAACCGUUAAAGGAAAAAUUGACUUUGAAACCAACCCUGCCUUUGAAAUUCGUGUGCAGGCUGCUGACAAAGG